AUGAAAGAUUUACCAAUAUUAAGAUAUAAAAAUGAAAUAAAAGAAAAAUUAAAAAAUAAUAACCUUAUAGUUAUAAAAGGAGAAACAGGAUGUGGAAAAACAACCCAAGUGCCACAAAUAAUAAAUGAAUUGUAUUUUGACAAAAAAGAAAACGAUGAUAAAGAUGAAAAAAGUAAUCAAAAUUAUUCCAAAAAAAUCCUUGUGUCUUUGCCAAGAAGAGUUGCUACGAUAACUGUGGCAGAACGUGUAUCAAAGGAAAUGAAAAGAGGAAAUGUUGGCGAAUAUGUAGGUUAUAGUAUACGAUUUAAAAAUGUUUGUUCAAAAAAAACAAAAAUAAAAUUCGUAACAGAUGGAAUAUUAAUAAGAGAAAUAAUGGGGGAUCCAUUAUUAAAAAAUUACAAAUUUAUUAUUUUAGAUGAAAUACAUGAAAGAUCUAUAAGAACAGAUGUAUUACUAGGAUAUACUAAAAUAUUAUUAGAAAAAAGAAAAAAUUUAAAAAUUAUUCUUAUGUCAGCUACUUUUGAUAUAAAUAUUUUUAACAGUUUUUUAGGAAAUCCUCCAAUUAUAUCAAUUCCUCAUAAAAUUCAUAAAAUUUCGAUUUUUUAUCCAAAAAAUGUAAUAGAGGAUUAUUUAUUGUCUAUUGUAUGUACAAUUUUACAAAUACAUUUUGAAAAUUCCUAUACCAAAAAAAAUAUGAACAGUUCAGAAUAUUAUGAACAUGACGACCUAAAAAAUGCAGAUCAGGAGUUAUGUGAUCAUGCAAAUAUUUCAAAAAAUAUAAAUAAUUUUAACACACAAACUUCUGAUUUUGCAAAUGAAUGUGAUGAAAAUUAUAAUAAUAUAAUCGGAGAUAUUUUAGUAUUUUUGCCUGGACAAGAAGAAAUUGAAAUGGUUAAUAUUAUGCUCAAAGAAAAACUAAAAAUUAUUUACAAAGGAAUAUUAUUAAAAAAGUUAAUAAAUGAUAAAAAAAAUACAAAUAUAAAUGAUGAUGAAGAUAUUAUAACCAAAUUUAAUUAUGCAAUGGGAUCACUUCAUGAAAAUCCUAUUGAUGAUAUAUCAUUCCAUUUUGGUGAUAUUGAAAUAAUUCCAGAUAAAAUAUAUACUAUGAAAAUAUUACAGUUAUAUUCUUCGCUACCUAAUAAAAAACAAAAAAUGAUUUUUGACCCCGUCUCUCCUAAUACACGAAAGGUAAUCCUCAGCACGAACAUUGCCGAAACUUCCGUGACAAUUCCUAACAUUAAAUAUGUAAUAGAUAGUGGUAAAGCAAAGGUAAAGUUUUUCGACGAAAAAAAAGGAUGUAGUAUUUUAAAAAUUACAAAAAUAAGCAAAGAUUCCGCAAUUCAACGAAGUGGGCGAGCUGGUAGGGAAGGACCAGGAAAAGUUUAUAGAAUAUACACAAAAGAAGAAUAUGAAAAUAUGAAAUCUUUUUUAAUACCUGAAAUAUUUAGAUCAGAUCUUACACAAAUAUAUUUGGAACUAAAAGCAAUGAACAUAAAAAACCCACUAAACUUUAACUUUCCAGAAAAUCCCAAAAAAGAAUUUUUUAUUCAUUCAGCAAAAAUGCUAUUUAAAAUAAAAGCAAUAGAUGUAAAUAAUAAUUUGACAGAAUUAGGAAAACAACUAUCUUUGCUACCUAUUAGUCCUAUUUAUGGAAAUAUGUUGUUAGCAUCUGUUUCUUUUAAUUGUAUUGAUGAAAUGGCUACGUUAAUUGCACUUUUAAAUUGUGAUAGCAUUUUUUUAAAUUUUAAUUUUUAUGAUGAAAAUGAUGGAGUAGAUACCAAUUUGACAACAACGGCUAGUAAAAAUGAAGAUAAUGAUGAACUCAAAAUAAGUGACAAAAAUAAAAUAAUUAGCAUUUCUAGAAAAAAAUUAAUACAUCCAGAUGGGGAUCAUCUAACAAUAAUACAUGCUUUUUAUUUAUGGGAACAAGAAAUAACAAAUAGUGAAAAAAAACAAUUUUGUAAUAUGUAUGGAUUAAAUAACGAAGUUUUAAUAAAUGUACAAAAAAUUAAGAAACAAUUAUUAGAAAUUUUAUCAAAUAAAAUGGGAAUAAAAAUAAAUAAAAAAUUGCAUAUGCAUAAAUGGGAUAAUAUUAUGAUGUCUUUAUGCAAAUCUUGUUAUUUUAAUGUUGCAAAACAUAUAUCAAAUUCGUCUCUUUUUAUGAAUUUAGUAACUAAAACGAAAUUACGCAUACAUCCUUCUUCUACUCUUUUCAAUUCUUUUAAUAAACCUUCAUUUAUUUUUUAUUCUGAUGUUGUGCAAACAAAAAAAUUAUAUGCACGCGUUGUCACAAAAGUCAAUCCCGAAUGGCUGAUCAAGUAUGUUCCCAACAAUUUUCAGAUAUCUAAAGAUUAG